AUGUCUCGAUCUCAAUAUGCUAGAGACAUGGACAAGAACACGAGAAACUUUCAUAACUUGGCGUCGGCUAGAAGGAGGAACAACCGAAUCGACUCCCUGUUAAUUAAUGUAAGAUUCCGUAAUGGGUUGGUAAAGCAAAUUGAUGAAGAAGAGGCAGCAAGGUUAGAGGUGAUGCCUUCGCCUGACGAAAUACGACAGGCAGUUUUGGACUUUGUGCAAGAAGAAGGCGACAAUUAUCAAAUGGAGGACAUGGGUAAAGGAAUGCGUGACUACAUCGUCUAUGUCAAUGUUGAUAAAUGGGUCACAUCCAAGCCUUUCAGAAUGAAGAGAGGUCUUAGACAAGGAGAUCCUCUUUUACCCUUUCUGUUUGUUCUGUUUGUUGACGUCUUGCACAGGAUGGAAACAGAGAUAGUCAUGAAUUAUAAAAGGCUUCUGCGUUGUUUUGAGUUGAUGUCUGAGUUGAGUAUUAACUUUGAUAAAUCAAACUUGAUUUCAAUUAACUGUGAGCAGGAAUGGGUGACGAAUAUGUGUGUCUUGUUGGGAUGUGCAGAAGUUGCUUUACCUGUCAGGUACUUAGGAACCGCUCUAGGCGCAAAGCCUCGGUUGGUGGAGACCUGGAAACCGAUCAUAGAUAAGGUGGAAGAUAAGCUCAGCUUAUGGAAAGCGAAGUCUCUCAACAAAGCUGACAAACUGGUUCUCAUAAAAUCUGUUUUUAAUAGCUUGCCGGUUUACUACCUUAACUUGUAUAAGAUGCCAAAGUCAGUGGCAGAAAGACUAAUUGGGUUACAGAGGAGGUUCUUAUGGAGUAAAGAAGAUGGGAACAACGGUAUACCACUUGUGAAAUGGAAGUUGGUGUAA